AUGUACAGGUACCAGGAAGGAUCAAUCGGAUCCACUGCGAGCUCGGCGCGUCCAGCUUCCUCCCUAUCAUCGGGAUCAAACGAUAGUGGUGUCUUCAGCGUUCCCCAACAAGGCAGUGGAACCCAGUCGAGGGCAGUCUCCGGACCACCCAGCCCUUCUUUUCAAAUUAAUCAUCUUCUCCAUCAAGCUGCUAAUCUUAUUGCAGUCAAUGCGCAAUUACGGAAAGAAAUUGAACAAGUACGUGCGUCCGGAGCAUCGACGACACCCAUUGGAUCUGCUGGAACGACGACUACGGCUUCUGUUACAGCUCAACCUGCUGUAGUUUCAAGUAAUAACUCAACUACAAGUGAGAAUGAGCUCGUCAAGCCUGCUCUAUCUCAGGAAGUUUUUCCAUUCGAGCCACAGAAUUUACCACCACAUCCAGCAAGUAACCGUCAGUCAGGAAAACGUUCUCCUAAGCCUGACAGUUAUAAGACUGUGAUGUGUCAAGCAUGGUUGGAAUCAAAAGUAUGCCUGUUCGGUGAGAACUGCAGAUUCGCUCAUGGCGAAGUUGAGCUUAGACCCUCAAGAAUUCAACCAAAGCAGAACAACAAGUACAAGACUAAAUUAUGCGAUAAAUACACAACCAGUGGUCUAUGUCCAUACGGAAACCGUUGUCUGUUUAUUCAUCCUGAUUCGUCCGGUGCUAAUGCCUAUAUUAGGCCCGACAAACUUCUUGAACGCCAUGCCAUGGCCGAUCUCUGCCAAAUGGCUGAUAUUGUCAAUCGCCCAUCGACGCCACAGAACAACCCACAAAGCCAGUCAGCAGUAACAGCUCUUGGUCCUACACCCAUGCGAAGUGUAGGAAACCAUUUGCGCCCCCAUCCCAGCUGGCCAUUGGAGCCCCCAACCUUCUUCAUGGACAAAGAGGAAAAGCCAAACCCAUUGUCUGAAGCCACUUUGUCAAGUAUGUUUGGAGACUUCAAGACCCCAGUUCGGCCCUCGUUGACUGGAUCUCAGGGUUACGUUUCUGGUGGCUCUACCCCAAUGACUGAGGUAUCGCCAUUUUCGACCGUUUCAUCAUCGUCUGUAAAUUUAAAUUUAACUGAUGAUGACAGGGAUUUUGAUAUGUUCCAUUACUCUGGAUUAGACAGUCUAACGGAAGAGUUGACUCGUAAUCUAGACCUCUGGUAA